CCCGCUUGUGGAAGACGCUGACGUUCGUGGUGGCGCUGCCCGGCGUGGCCGUGUGCAUGCUCAACUGCUACCUGAAGGCGCAUCACGAGCACGAGCGGCCCGAGUUCGUGCCCUACUCGCACCUCCGCAUCCGGACCAAGCGUUUCCCCUGGGGUGAUGGGAAUAAAACUCUGUUUCACAACCCCCACGUUAACCCUCUCCCAACUGGUUAUGAAGAUUAAAACCAAGAUCCUGCCAACAGCCAGAACUUUGGCUCUCCCCGUCCUGAACCAGAAUGUUGAGUGGGAGCCAUCAUUUCUGGGGUCAUAGUUUCAGAAACUCUGUGUUUCUUCUGUGAUGAAGCUGAGUGGUGUUGUGGCCCAGUGUGUACCUGUGAUGGGGCCCUUUAAAUAAACAAUUCUGAACACGAA